AUGUCAAAGUCGGGCAACCUCGCCGCUCUGUCGGCCAUCCUCAACCCCGGAGAAUCACCUACCAUCUACUACGCAGAGGACCCUCCCUAUCUCCCUCGAAUCCUCGUCUUCUACUACCCCGUCCAAGCUGUGGGCUCUUUGGCCUCAACCUCGCGCAUUCGAACUACCAUCCUCUCCGCCGCCGGAUUCAAGAGCUAUGGGGCAUUCUCGGUCGCGCCAAACAGCAGUUACUACUCUGCCGUCCACAAGUUACCGGAAGACAAACAACGAGAUGAUGUUUCUCGGGGCAUUGCUUUUGCACUUUGUCGGUACUUCUCCGAAGUUCCCACCGAAGUCAAAAAUGCUAUAGCCGAAGAGAAUCUGCAUCAUGGGAUAGCUCUGAAAUGGGGACAGACCCAUGCUGCGCAGGUCACAUGCCGAAUGAGCAAAGUCAUCAAUACCGAAGAGAUCGUUGAGGCUUUACGUCCCUUUUCCAAGGAAAGACCUCCGAGCCCGCAGACGCCCGUCCGACCUUUAGCUUCCAUCAGGAAGACACGGCCAUCCUUCCUACCCCCUGAACCUGGCAGUCAUGGUUUUGGUCGCAUCAAUCACGCCUUCACCCCGUCUAAGAGGAUACCUAGCGGCCAUGCAAAGCGUUCCCCGUCCAUAUCAACUUCAGCAACACGAAAAGCGAGCGCUACGACCGACCCGAAGCACUCGUUGCAGCAGCUUGAAUCAUUGCGCUUCAAAAUGUGCGAAUUUGUGGAUACCGAAGAUAGAUAUAUUACCCGUCUUCAAGAAUUGAUCGAACUUGUAACCAACCAGGGACGUACGCCGAAGUCAUUGAGCUCCAAGUUCUCGAGUUCGCGGAACCAAAAGGCUGUCAAUGCCAUGAUUCAGUUUCCUUCAUUGCUGGACCAGAUCAAGGACUUAAAUCUUGCCUUCCUCGAUGAUAUUGAGACGGCGCUCCACUGUUCCGAAGAUGCUGCUCUGACCUUCUUGGACUCUGCUCAAGCGAAUCCUCAGCUCCUCCCAAAUGCCAAAGAUCCCAUGGGCAUCUACAGUUUUGCCAAAGUGCUUUUGAAUCACUUCCCCAAAUUCCCCAUGCCCUACAGGGAAUAUCUCGAUCUGCAUUCCCAAGUUUCCUCAAAUCUCGAUCAAUUUCUAAGAGAAGGCACAACUUCAAUCCAACAGGCACCGUCUUUGCUUAUGGAGCCAGCCCAGCGUAUCUCGAGAUACGGCCUCUACAUCGACACUAUGCUUCCACAUGUGCCUUCAAAUUUCACGGUGGCAAUCCGAACCUUGGAGAAGGCUCGGAAAAUCAUCGCCGGGAUAUGCGAAAUGGAACCGGCGGCAUCAACCAUCCUGGACUCUCUACGCAUCGAGCAUGAAGCGAAGAGAAAGGGCCUUUCCCCGACUAAACUGCUCUCAGGUUUGACCCGAUCGAACGGAACGAUCCGGGAAGCGCCAGCGUUGACUGGCAGUGUGAAAGAAAGAGACGGGCCGCGCCUUUUCCCCAGCCUGGGUCGCAGCCUGAGCCGGAGGCAGAAGACCUCGAGACCUGGUCUAUCAAGCAUCUUAUCCGAACAAGAUCCUGAGCAAAUCAACAAUGUACAAUCUCGAAACGACGAGAACAGGCCCCUCACAUCGUCCUCGGCAUUGUCCUUCGGCUCGGCCAAGAGACCGCCCACAUCAGGAUCUAGCGUUAGUAUCACAAACCGCUCCACAGAAAGUGCAAGUCCGGGUCCCAAUGCACCUGCUAUGUUGUUGCCAAGCAAAAAACGCAUUGGCACCGUCCCGACCCUUGUUACAGGAAAUACCGUGGCAGUAAGUGUGGGCGACGGAGUUCCGAUGCCCAGUUAUUCCGAGGCAGGUGAAGUUGAAACUGCAGAGCUUUACAAGGUCCAGCUAGUACGGGUUGAGGAACAGAAUUAUAAGCUCCUCCAGGAAAAUGCCGAGUUGAAGAGGCAGAUCAGGGAAUGCAAGUGCGGUGGUGCAGUCAGACGGCUAUGA